AUGAGGGCUGUACUGCUGCUGGGGUCCCUGCUGGUGGGCCUGGAGUCAGUGCUCUCGACACCACCUCGGAAAGCCCCUAAAGAGUUUAAGCUGGGAAGAGUCCAUUAUCCCACAGCUGUCACAGUUUCUGGGAAGCCCUGCCACUUCCCUUUCCAGUACCACCGGCGGCUGUACCACAGUUGCAUCCACAGGGGCCAGCCAGGCCACCAGCCCUGGUGCGCCACUACACCCAACUUCGACCAGGACCGGGAGUGGGGUUACUGCCUGGAACCCAAGAAGGUGAAAGACCACUGCAGCAAACACAACCCCUGCCACCGAGGAGGGACGUGCGUGAACCUACCCAGCGGCCCGUACUGCCUGUGUCCGGAGCCCCUCACUGGCAAGCACUGCCAGAAAGAAAAGUGUUUUGAGCCUCAGCUCCUCCGCUUCUUCCACGAACAUGACACAUGGCUUAGAGCGGAGCCCGCAGGUGUGGUCAGAUGCCAGUGCAAAGGUCCUGAGACCCACUGCAGGCCGCUCGCCAGCCAGGCCUGCAGCAGCAAUCCUUGUCUGAAUGGGGGUCACUGCCUGGAGGCAGAGGGCCACCCCCUGUGCCAGUGCCCUGCAGGCUAUUCUGGACCUUUCUGCGAGUUGGACAAGGAGGUCAAAUGCUACCAAGGCCGGGGGCUCAGCUACCGAGGCCUGGCCCAGACCACUGUCUCCGGGGCCCCAUGUCAGCGGUGGUCCUCCGAGGCCACCUUCCAGAAUGUGACCGGGCAGCAAGCACUGAGCUGGGGACUAGGCCACCACGCCUUCUGCCGGAACCCAGAUAACGACACACGUCCUUGGUGCUUUAUCUGGAGUGGCGACAGGUUGAGCUGGGAGUACUGUGACCUAGCACCAUGCCCAUCUCCAUCCGAGGUCCCCCUGGGGCGGCAGGACCUGCCGGUACCCAGGCCAUCGGCCCUGGCGGAGCCUCUGCCCACCACCGGGGAUGCCCAUCAGUCCCAGGAGGCCGGGCUUCCUCCAGGGUGCUCAGCCUGGUGUUCCCGCUCAGCCUCCUCCAGCCAGCCGGCCCUGCCCCGGGUGGGCUCGCUGGCCUGUGGCCAGCGGUUCCGGAAGCACCUGUCCCCGCUCAGCCGCGUGGUCGGCGGGCUCGUGGCUCUGCCCGGGGCGCACCCCUACAUCGCGGCACUGUAUUGGGGUCACAACUUCUGCGCGGGGAGUCUCAUCCACCCCUGCUGGGUGCUGACUGCGGCGCACUGCCUGCAGGACCGGCCGGCGCCGGAGGAGCUGAGCGUGGUGCUCGGCCAGGACCGGCAUAACCAGAGCUGCGAACAGUGCCAAACGCUGGCCGUGCGCUCCUACCGCCUCCACGAGGCCUUCUCCUCCGUCACCUACCAGCACGACCUGGCCCUGCUGCGCCUGCAGGAGGGCGCCGAUGGCCACUGCGCGCACCUGUCGCCUUUCGUUCAGCCCGUGUGCCUGCCUAGCGGCCCCGCCCCGCCCUCCGAAGCCCAGGCCUCGCUCUGCGAGGUGGCCGGCUGGGGCCACCAGUUCGAAGGGGCAGAGGAAUAUGCCACGUUCCUGCAGGAAGCACAGGUGCCUUUCAUCUCCCUGGAGCGCUGCUCCGCUCCCCGAGUGCACGGAGACGCCAUCCUUCCAGGCAUGCUCUGUGCCGGCUUCCUUGAGGGUGGCACCGAUGCGUGCCAGGGCGACUCCGGGGGCCCGCUGGUGUGUGAGGAUGAGGCGGCAGAAAGCCGACUUACCCUGCGAGGCAUCAUCAGCUGGGGCUCGGGAUGUGGCGAUCGCAACAAGCCAGGUGUUUACACGGAUGUGAGCAGCUACCUGGCAUGGAUCCAAGAGCACACAGCCUCCUGACCUGGCCAUGCUCUCCUGAAUGGUUCUGGAAUGGAAGGGUAGCUGGGGCAUGAUCAUGAAAAUGUGUCACUAUACCCUCCU